CGCUCUGCCCGCCGGUGCCACUGUCAGAGCCUGCGGGCAGAGCCGCCCGCCUCCUCUCCUCCAUCGCCCCGGCCUCCGCCCGCCCUCACUGAGGCCUUCUCCACCCCGGAGCCGGCCGGGCUCCUCCCGCGGGCAUGAACGGCUAUGGCUCCCCGUACCUCUACAUGGGCGGCCCGGUGUCGCAGCCACCGCGGGCUCCGCUGCAGCGGACACCGAAGUGCGCCCGGUGCCGCAACCACGGCGUGCUGUCCUGGCUGAAGGGCCACAAGCGCUAUUGCCGCUUCAAGGACUGCACCUGCGAGAAGUGCAUCCUCAUCAUCGAGAGGCAGCGGGUGAUGGCCGCUCAGGUGGCGCUCCGCCGGCAGCAGGCCAACGAAAGCCUGGAGAGCCUCCUCCCGGACUCCCUGCGCUCCCUCCCCGGGCCGCCGGGCAACGCGGAGCCGCCCGCGCCGCCGCCGGGGCCGUCGCCCUGCGCCGCGCCGCCGCGGACGCCCGCCGAGCUGGCCGCCGCCGCCGCCCUCCGCUGGGCCGCCGAGCCGCCCCCCGCGCUCCCGGGGCCGCUCCCCAAGGCAGACGUGAAUGAGGAGCGGUUGGGUGAUGCAAGUGGAGCAGACAGUGCCGAGACCUACAGUGACAAAGACACAGACCAAAGGAGUUCCCCAGACAUGACUAAAACCAAAAGUUGUUUCAACCCUGAAAGCCCUGAAAUUGUUUCAGUGGAUGAGGUUGGUUUUGCAGUUCAGAAAAAUGGUGGGGGCACAGAGAACCGUCCAGACAGCCCCAAGUACCACCCAGAGCAGAACCACCUCCUGAUAGAAGGUCCUUCUGGGACAGUUUCUUUACCAUUCAGUUUGAAAGCAAACAGACCCCCACUUGAAGUCUUGAAAAAGAUUUUCCCAAACCAAAAGCCAGCUGUGCUAGAGUUGAUCCUGAAGGGGUGUGGCGGUGACCUGGUGAGUGCUGUAGAGGUUCUUCUGUCUAGUCGGUCUUCAGUGGCCAGCGGAGAGAGAAGUUCUGCAGAAUCGGAUGGUCUUGUUUUACCUUCCAAUGGGCAUAUUUUUGAACACACACUGAGUUCCUAUCCUAUUUCAUCUUCCAAGUGGUCGGUGGGCUCAGCAUUUAGGGUUCCUGACACUCUGAGGUUCUCUGCUGACUCCAGUAAUGUCGUACCAAAUCCUCUAGCUGUACCUUUGCAGCACCCUUUCCCUCAGCCGCCACGCUACCCGCUGAUGCUGAGGAACACUUUGGCAAGAAACCAGUCCAGCCCAUUCCUGCCCAACGAUGUCACCCUGUGGAACACCAUGACAUUGCAGCAGCAAUACCAGCUACGGUCCCAGUAUGUCAGUCCUUUCUCCAGCAGCUCAGCCACUGUUUUCCGAAGCUCACCUGUCCUUCCUUCCCGCUCAUCAGAAGAUCCUAGGAUUUCAAUUCCUGAUGAUGGAUGUCCAAUUGUGUCUAAGCAACCAAUUUACACAGAAGAUGAAUAUGAGGACAGGUCUGAUUCUUCAGACUCAAGAAUACUCAACACAUCUUCUUAGACUGGCAUUUGACAUGGGACAGCUAAGCGAUACUCACAGUGCAGCUGAACUCCUGGCCUCUAAGAGGAGGGGCAUGUACUCUACAAAACUCUCGCAAUUGUAUUAAAAAGUUGCUUGGUAUUGUACUAUAGCAAUAAAGACAUAACUUAUUUAAUUUCUUGCACUUCACUGGAUAAUGCCAAAUAGCAAUACUCUGGCUUUAGUGCUGAGUGUGUGUUGCAAAGGAAGACUUUAUGGCUACCAGUUAUGGGACUCUAGAAGACUCAUAAUGGAAACAGAAGCCCAAGGUCUACUUUGUUCCUUAACUCAGAAAAAUGGGGAUGUUAAACUAGAAUACUUGAAUGCUGUUUUAUAAUUGAGAACUCCUCAGGACAUAAGAAAUCAAGCAAACAUAGUUCAAUUGCAAAUGGACUAAAACAAGGACCUUAUGAUCUUAUGCCAGUGAUCAUCCUUGCAGUGAAAGAAAAGGCAGAAGAAAGAAAUACACACAUGCAACUAACAUGAGCUGCUUCUGUGCUGGUUGAGCUUGGACACUUUUCAGAGAAAUAUUAUUAAGAGUUAUUCUUUUCCCAUGGCUAGGUCGAAAUGUGUAAUGUCAGUGUAAAACCAAUUACAGCUGUGAAUUGCAUGAAGUGUAUUGUGAAAUGAACACCAGAUUAAGCAUUGUCAGGUUAAUGUAGCAUGCUAAGGACUCUAGAAAAAUAAACUAAGAUGAUGAUCUUGGUUUAUGUCAUUUAUACUGGGCAAAUAACAUUCUGAAGACAGAGAGCUGAUUAGUUCUCAGCCGGGGUUAAAAUGUCCAGCUCCAGCAGCUGCAGUCAGGGGAAACCACUUUUUCCAAGUCUGGGUUUUGCUUCCCUGACUUGUAACUUGCAACUGAGAUUAGACAAAAGCUGUCAUCAGGGAAGCUGAUGUCUCUUGUGUUGGUACUGCAGAUAUUUCCAAGCUCAGCUGAGUAAAGCAGAGCUUGCUCCAAUCACAGAAAGCAAAAAACAAAAGGCUCUCCCAAUGCUUCAGAAGCAUAGUUUUUCCUAUUCUGUAGAAGUAGAAAAAAAAAGGAAAUAGGAUGUAAUUGUGGGCAUUUCUUUAAAAUAAUUUUUAGGCAAAUGGCAACUCCCCUUUUCCCCUAGAAAAGUAAUGCUUUGAACAGUUUAUUGCAUGAUUGCAUGCAUUGAUUACACUGCAUAUCUUAUGUGUGUCUGAGUAACAUUAGGAACUGCUUCUGAUGAGGAAUGCCUCUAAGCUUAAUGUCCACUUAGAAGUUUGUUAAGCUCUUAGUGUCAUUUUUUCAAUUGUUCACAAGUGACUAUGUAUGCUUGAGAAUUGACUUUUACAAAACACACCUCUGAAUGCAGAUGAGAUGACUCUUCGGUCUUUCAAGUCUGGGCAUUAGUCCCACACAUCAAAAAAAAAAAAAGGUGAGGCCACCCUGAAGUUGGACUCUGAAGCAGAUGGGCUUUAAAACUGUUAUAUAAGUGUAUCAGGCAUGUUAUCUGGUGUCAUUGUUGAUACGAAUGCCUGUGUUCACAUUUGGCAUUUCAUGUUCUGUAAGUGUUGUGCACAUGAUGAAUCUUUCAUUUUAUAAAGGUACUGAAUACGCACAAAAAGGAGAAUAAAAUAAUGACUUUAUUUUCCUUCGGGGAUAAAUUGACUGAAAGAUACUUUAUCUUGCAUAAAUUUCCAGCCUGUUCAGAAAAACAUUUUAUUGGUUAUGCUACAAAGACAUUAAAGCAGAGGAAGGGAGGAAAAUAAAAAUCCCUUAUGGAAAUGUAAAUGUGCAAGCAUCUGGAGUUUUCCUAAAUGCAGGAUUUCAGUUGUGUACUGACGGAUUUGCCUGCAUUCACAUGGCAUUUGUAAACAAAUUCAUCUUACAGCCACCCCAGAGAGAAAAGUAAUAUGUAAAAUAGAUCUUGCAGGCAGAAAGGCAGGUGGCAGUGAAACGCUGUGCUCUGACAUGUUUCCAAGAAAUUGUCAAAGGCUAGGUAAGAGAGGCUAGGCCCUGGAGCUCCAGUUUUGAGCAGAUUUCCUUCCUGCGGAAAUCUUAGGCAUCUCGUAGUUUAAAUCUAGUAGGCAUCUAGUAGUUUAAAUGAAAUCUCAGUGGAGGCUUUUAAAUUUAUUUUACUUGUUGUUUGUGUGCUUGUUUUGCUACAGAUGUUGAAUCAUCUUCAGCAGAAAGACAAAACUGUGAUAUCUGCAAAAGCUCAUACCCUCUAUGGUCUGUGGGUUUUCAAAAAACUGAAUCUUGGCAUCUUGGCACUGGGACAUAUCUUUCAAAGAAAGAUGACCCUUGGCUAACAUGGAAUGAACUUCUGUCACACUUGUAGUGAAAAAUGCGAAUUUGGUGGUAUGAUUUUUAAAAUUCUAUCUCUUUUGACAAGCCAUUUUCUGAAAAAAGAAACAAGUUAAAAUAAUCCUUGUCUCUCAUGUUAUAAAAUAACUCUUGACUCCA